CAUCCCAUCUCAUGCAUGGCUGCCAGUAAUGGUCUACUGGGUGUCAGCUUUUAUUGGCACGGCACAAAGCAAGUGCCAAGGGCUCGGUGCCUCGACUCCCCGUCGCAGACUCGGCCUGUGGAUAAAAGCAAGCAAAAUGCCCCAGUCGAGCUCAGAGACAUAGUCAUGUUGGGCUGGAACGAGGAAGUGCAGUGGAGAGGGGAGGGACUCAGGGCGCAGCUCCAUGGGGCCGCCGCGGCGCUGCGACCUUCUGCACAUGGAGCCGGGGAGAGUUGGAAGAACUUCAUACUGCAAACUCAAGGAAUAGCAGAGUACUUGCACCGCAUGGAGACAGAGGAGGCCCAGGAAAUGGCCCAGAUGCCAGGCAGGGACAGCCCCCCUGCCAACGAAGCGUCCGAGGAGGCAGAGGAACCCAUGGCCGUCCCAGAGGACCUGUCAGCCAGCUCCACCCACCAGCAGAACAACAGAGGGGACAAAGCCUGUAACAUUAAAGUUGAGGCUCGCAGUGAUGAGGAGAAUGAGCUGGCCUGUGACAUGAAUGGCGUGGAGGAGGAGGAGUGCGCGGAAGACUUGCGCGUGAUCGAUGCCUCUGGGGCCAAGGUGAACGGCUCACAGCCGAGCCCCGAAGCCAAGGCCUUCUCCUCGGCCGGCGGUAUCCGGCUGCCCAACGGGAAGCUCAAGUGCGAUAUCUGUGGGAUAGUUUGCAUUGGCCCCAAUGUGUUGAUGGUGCACAAGCGAAGCCACACUGGAGAACGCCCUUUCCAGUGCAGCCAGUGUGGUGCCUCUUUCACCCAGAAGGGCAACCUACUGCGUCACAUCAAGCUUCAUUCAGGGGAGAAACCCUUCAAGUGUCAUCUGUGCAGCUACGCCUGUCGCAGGAGGGACGCCCUCACCGGCCAUUUACGCACCCACUCGGUCGGAAAACCCCACAAGUGUGCUUAUUGUGGGCGGAGCUACAAGCAGCGUAGCUCUCUUGAGGAGCACAAAGAGAGAUGUCACAACUACCUCCAGUGCAUGGGGCUGCAGAACAGCAUCUACACAGUAAUAAAGGAAGAAAGCAACCAGAAUGAGCAGAGGGAAGACUUAAGCCAGACCGGAUCUGACAGAGCCUUGGUGCUAGACAGACUAGCUAAUAAUGUAGCUAAACGUAAGAGCACUAUGCCACAGAAGUUUGUGGGUGACAAACGUCUGUCAGACCUCUCCUACGAUGGAGGAGCAGGUGAGAUGAUUCAGCCCCACGUCAUCGACCAGGCUAUCAACAGUGCCAUCAGUUACCUUGGCGCCGAGUCACUCCGGCCUCUGGUCCAGACCUCCCCGGCCUCCUCUUCUGAUGUGGGCCUCAGCUCCAUGUUCCUCCACAAGCCGGCUUCUGAGGGCCACACGGGGACGGGCCUGUCAGCCAAAGACAGCGCAGCGGAGAACCUUCUGCUGCUCUCCAACUCCAAGUCUGCCUCCAGCGAGAAGGACGGCUCCCCCAGCCACAGCGGCCAAGACUCCACAGACACCGAGAGCAACAAUGAGGAUCGCCCAGGAGGGACAGCCCCAAGCCUCAUCUACCUGACCAACCACAUCACAUCCGGGGUGAGGAACGGCGUGCUCCCUCUGGUGAAGGAGGAGCAGCAGAGGCAGUACGAUGCCAUCCGGGCCAGCAUUGAGAUGGCCUCCCAGGGGUUCAAGGUGAUGACGGCAGACGGGGAGCAGGUGAGGGCGUACCGGUGCGAACACUGCCGCGUUCUCUUCCUGGACCACGUCAUGUACACCAUUCACAUGGGCUGCCAUGGCUUCAGAGAGCCCUUCGAGUGCAACCUCUGUGGUCACCAGAGUCAAGACCGAUACGAGUUCUCCUCUCACAUAACGCGAGGGGAGCAUCGCUACUGAGCGCCAUUGACCAGAGAACACACACACACAGACAAACAGGUGUACAUAUGGAAAACCACAGUCACUCAAUAAAUGCAUAGAAAUAUAAAAUGUAAAAUAUACUGUUGAUGUCUGAAAGUUGUGUUUUUUUUAUACAAAGUAUGCAUGUUUGUUGGACACAACUAUUAAAAAAAGCAUUUGUUUUCAUUUCAAAUACCAUCACGAGGAAGACUCGUCCAUCUGUCCGUAUGAAAGAAACAAAAUAAUAACACAGCAGAGUUACUGUCACAUCAUACAUAGGUUUUAAAUCAUGUAUUUACAGUUGCCACAUGUAUAAAAUGUAUAAACUUUUCUUUUGGAAAACCAGGCAGCAACUUUACUAAAAUAUUUCCACCCUUACAAGUCUCUGUACUGAAGUGUCUGAAAGGAAAACACCAUUUAAAUAUCAAUAUUAAAUACAAUCGAUACAAAUUUCAGUCAGUGUAGAUAACCCCACAUUUCCUUCCAAAGACUUCAAAAACCUGUUCUUGUACUUGUUACCAACCUACAUAUUAUUUAUAUAACAUGUACACGCCUGUCUGUUUUUGUAUUUAUUACAGUGAUCGAUGUUUGUCUGUAGAGUAGUGAAUAAAAGCUGCAUCUCUUUCUGUCCAAUUGUACUAAAUGUGUUUGAGGUAAAAACAUGACUGCUGCUGGAAGCUAUUUUUAGUUUUAUUAAAAGAAAAUGUUAUCUUGGCCUUUUUUUUUGUUGUUGUUUUAUACCUGAUGGCUACAAAUUGUUUUAGUCUCAAAUUGAAAAGGAGCCAUUUGAGGUUUGAAGGAGCUUUAUGCUUGCAAAAUAUCAAUAAAGGAUAUUUUAUAUAUGCA